UGCACGUUCAGAGCUGCGGAGUUUUGCGGCGACUAGCCUCGUCAGUUGUGGCAGAGUACUUUAGUAAUAUCGCAGUAAAGAACACGAUACACAACCCCAGGGAAGAGCUAAUAAAGGACAGCAAAUGUAAGCGGUACUGAUUCCAUGUGUAGUGGAGGUGCUCCCCAUGUACUUUUAGGAUGCAGAAAUCACCUGUGGAUGAUGCUGGUUUCUUUUCGAGAUACUUUUUCUGGUGGACAAGCCCUAUUAUGCGAAAGGGAUUUAGGGAAAAACUAAGGCCAUCCGAUGUUUUUCAAGCUCCAUCACAAGACACAGCGGAUAUACUUGCAGAACGCCUGGAAAAAGAAUGGGACAGAGAAGUUGUUUCAGCAAAGAAACAGCCCAGUCUUCUACGAGCACUUUCCCGAUGUUUCAUUCGGCCCUUUCUGUUAUUUGGCAUUCUUCUCUAUUUGGGGGAAGCCACAAAGACUGUGCAGCCACAGCUCCUGGGCCGCAUCAUUGCCUCAUUUGACCCCUUCCACGAGCCGGAGCGAGAGCAGGGCUACUUCCUGGCGCUGGGCCUGGGCCUCCUCUUCAUCGUCCGCUUUCUCCUGCUGCAGCCCGCCUUGUUCGGCCUCCACCACCUGGGCAUGCAGAUCCGCAUCGCCCUCUUCAACCUCAUCUACAAAAAGACUCUAAAGUUGUCCAGCCGAGUUCUGGACAAGAUCAGCACAGGGCAGCUGGUCAGCCUAAUGUCAGCCAAUUUGAACAAGUUUGAUCAGAGCCUGGUCAUGGCCCACUAUGUGUGGAUUUCUCCUUUGCAGUGUAUACUCUGUGUGGGGCUAAUUUGGGAGCUCAUCGAGGUCAAUAGCUUUAGUGCCCUUGCUGCCAUCUCCCUGCUGGGUGUCAUACAGGCCUGUCUCUCCCAUAAAAUGGGCCCCUACAAAGCACAGCGGGUACUGCUGACCAACAAACGUCUAGCUCUGACCUCAGAGAUCAUGGAGAACCUGCACUCAGUGAAAGCCUAUGGCUGGGAGGAGAUCAUGGAGACCAUAAUCAAUAACAUCAGACAGGACGAGGUCAAUCUGACGCGGAAGAUUGGCUCCCUGCGCUACUUCUACAGCUCUGCCUACUUCUUCUCUGCCAUCUGGGUGAUCACAGCAGCGGUAGUGCCAACAGCACUCACCUCAGGCAUCACCGUGCGGCGCAUCUUCACCACACUCUCAUACUGCAUGGUGCUACGCAUGACCGUCACGCGCCAGCUGCCCGCUUCCAUUCAGAUGUGGUACGACACCAUUCGGCUCAUCCGCAAAAUCGAGGAUUUUCUCAGCAAAGAAGAAUACAAAAUGAUGGAGUAUGACCUUAGCAUCACAGAUAUGAAGCUGGAGAAUGUCACAGCCUCCUGGGAUGAGGGCAUCGGGGAACUCUUUGAGAAGAUUAAGAAGGAAAACAAAGCAAAUGGUUAUCCGAAUGGAGACAGUCUCUUCUUCACCAACCUCUAUGUGACACCUGUCCUUAAGAAUAUCAGCUUGCACUUGAAGAAAGGUGAAAUGCUCGCUGUCGCUGGCUCCACGGGGUCUGGAAAGAGUUCACUGCUGAUGACCAUCCUGGGAGAGCUGUUCCCUUCCUCUGGGAAGAUCUGCCACAGUGGCAGAGUGUCCUUCUCCUCACAGACCGCAUGGAUCAUGCCCGGCACCAUCCGUGACAACAUCCUGUUUGGUCUCACCUACGAUGAAUAUCGUUAUAGCAGUGUGGUCAAAGCAUGCCAGCUGGAGGAGGAUCUGUCGGCUCUUCCUGAAAACGACAGGACGCCUUUAGCAGAAGGGGGGCUUAACCUGAGCGGAGGUCAGAAGGCACGAGUGGCCCUGGCCAGGGCUGUGUACAGAGACGCUGAUACCUACCUACUGGAUGCACCUUUCACCCAUUUGGAUAUCGCAACAGAGAAAGAAAUAUUUGACAAGUGUCUGUGCACGCUCAUGGCCUCCCGAACGCGUGUAGUGGUCACCAACAAGAUCGAGCACCUGAAGCGGGCCCACAAGAUCCUGCUGCUGCACAGCGGUGAGUGCUUCUUCUACGGGACCUUCUCGGAGCUCCAGUGCCGCCGGCCGGACUUCAGCUCCCUGCUGCUGGGCCUGGAGGGCUACGACAGCGUGAGCGCCGAGCGCCGCUGCUCCAUCCUCACCGAGACCCUCCGCCGGGUCUCCGUCGACGAGAGCCCCGGCGUGCAGCCCGACCGGCCCCCCUUCCGCCAGGUGGCCCCUCCCACCUACAAAGACGAGAGGAAGCCAUCGGUGAUCAUCAACCCGCUGGCGGUCGACCGCCAGGCCUCCGUCAAGGUGCCGCUGGAGGAGGAAGUGGCGGCCGGUAGGCGCUCGCUGCCUGGACGCAAGAUCUCCUUGGUGCCCGAAAGCGAGCUGGUGGAUGAAUGCUUCAUAGGCGGAGAUGUGUAUCACAACCACGGCGUGCACAUGGCGGGCCAGAGGAGGCAGUCAGUGCUGGCCUUCAUGACCAACGCGCAGGGCCAGGCCAGGCACGAGCAGCGCCACUCAUCCUUCCAUCGCCGCCUGUCUAUUGUGCCCCAGAGCGAGCUGGCCUCGGAGCUGGACAUCUACGCCCGACGGCUAUCUAAGGACAGCACCUACGACAUCACUGGAGAUAUGGAGGAGGAGAACAUCGAGGACUGUUUUGCAGAUGAACAAAUGGAGGAUGUCUUUGAAACCACAAAGUGGAACACAUAUGUACGAUAUGUAUCAACUAACAGAAGCCUGGUUUACGUUCUCAUCUUCAUCCUUAUCAUCUAUGCUGUUGAGGUGGCUGGAUCUGUUGCUGGGAUUUUUCUGAUAACUGAUGAGAUCUGGAAUGAGGAGCAUGACUCGUUCGACCCGAAUGUCACCAAACAAGCCAAUGUGACCCUUCCUGGCACUGCGCUGUCCAUCACCAUCCGCCCCAGUAGCAGCUACUACAUCAUCUACAUCUACGUGGCCACGUCAGAGAGCAUCUUAGCACUGGGCUUCUUCCGGGGACUCCCCCUUGUCCACACCAUGAUCACCAUCUCAAAGAAACUGCAUCAGAAAAUGCUGUACUCUGUGCUCAGGGCACCUAUGUCUGUCCUCAACACCAUGAAAACAGGUCGUAUCAUGAAUAGGUUCACUAAGGAUAUGGCCACCAUAGAUGACAUGUUGCCUCUCCUAAUGUUCGACCUUGUCCAGUUGACCUUGGUGGUGGUGGGAUGUAUCCUUGUCGUGUCCAUCAUGCGCCCAUACAUCUUCCUCGCAGCCACGCCCUUGGCCAUCAUCUUCGUUGUGUUGAGGAAGUACUUCUUGCGCACAGGACAGCAGUUAAAGCAAAUGGAGACAGAAGCUCGCAGUCCCAUCUUCUCCCAUCUUAUCAUCUCUCUGAAGGGCCUGUGGACGAUCCGGGCCUUUGAUCGGCAGGCCUACUUUGAAACCCUGUUCCACAAAGCCCUCAACACGCACACAGCUGUCUGGUUCCUCUACCUCUCGACCUUGCGCUGGUUCCUCUUCCGUGCUGACAUAAUCUACGUCUUCUUCUUCACUGCUGCUGCCUGGAUUGCAGUAGGGACCAACCAGGACAAACCAGGUGAGAUUGGUAUCAUUGUAGCCCUGGCAAUGCUCAUUCUUGGGACCUUCCAGUGGUGUGUCGUCACCAGCAUUGCAGUGGAUGGAAUGAUGCGGUCUGUGGAGCGUGUCUUCAAGUUCAUUGAUCUGCCGUCCGAGGAGCCCUGGGCCAGGCCGGGCAAGGGGAAAGCCGCAGACCUGGUCAUUGCAAACACGGACGCAUGGAGUGAGGGCAGCUGGCCCAGCCACGGCCAGCUGGACCUGCGGAACUUAACGGUUAAAUACACCGAGGGAGGGCACACUGUGCUCAAGAACCUCUCCUUCACUGUGGAGGGGGCACAGAAGGUGGGUAUUCUGGGCAGGACGGGUUCUGGGAAGAGCACGCUGUUCAAUGCCCUCCUGCGGCUGGCCUACACGGACGGAGACAUGGCCAUCGACGGCGUGUCCUACAGCAGCAUGGCCCUUCAGAGCUGGCGCAAGGCUUUCGGCGUGGUGCCUCAGAAAGUUUUUAUUUUCACUGGAACAUUCCGCAUGAACCUGGACCCAUGCAGUUUCCACAGCGACGAGGAGCUGUGGAGGGUUGCUGAGGAGGUGGGCCUGAGGUCAGUCAUCGAGCAGUUUCCCGAUAAGCUGGACUUCCAGCUGGAAUACGGCGGUCACGUACUGAGCUAUGGCCACAAGCAGCUGAUGUGUCUGGCCCGGUCCAUCCUGAGCCGAGCUCGGAUACUGCUGCUGGACGAGCCCAGCGCUCACCUCGACCCACUCACCGUGAAGGUCCUGAAGAAGACACUCAGGCAGUCCUUCUCCACCUGCACCAUCUUAUUAUGUGAACACAAGGUGGAGCCACUGCUUGAGUGCCAGCGUUUCCUGAUGAUUGAGCAGGGUAAGGUGAAGACCUAUGAGUCCAUCCAGAAGCUCCUGAAUGAGGCCAGCCAGCUGAAACAGGCCAUUAGUCCGGCGGAGCACCUCAAGCUCUUCCCCCGCCGAAACUCCAGCAUGCGUGUGCCCCAGCCCAAGAUGAGCUCCGUCACACUACCACUGAAGGAGGAGGCAGAGGAUGAUGGCCAGGACACUCGUCUCUGAGCGCCAGCCAGCAGAGCCUAGAGACACAGUCCACCGGUGCUCAGCGAUGGCCAGCAUGCCUUACUCAAAAGUCGUUUGAAAAAACAGCAGUCCUUGUUAAUUUUCAGAAGCAUUCAACUGGAAUGUGUUUUAAAUGAAGUGGACUAAUUAACUGGGACAAGAUAGAAGUACAGUGGAAAAGUAAAAUAUACUUCAGCCAACCUUUUUAUAUGCACUAAAUAUAACAUAAGGUACUUCAUAGACUUUUACAACAGGACCCAGUGAGACCAGGAACGAUGUAAAAACGAUGCCUUUAUGAGUAGCUUCUCUCUGUGGCCCUCAGAUGUUGUGUUUCAGUACAAAAAGCUGUAAAUCUUCCUCUAAACUUAUAUUUAUGGAAUUAUUGAGACAGGUUUUAUGAACUUGGUGCCACUUAAAAAAAAAUGAAGAGAAGCAGGUUGCAUUUUUGUUUUUUAGGAAAUUUAUGGAAUUAUGAACAAAGAAAUUGGAAUAUUUUUUAUUUUGCUUAGGUGUAAAUAGAUAAAAGAUAUUCCUGCAAACAUGGUAUAUAUUUUGAUAUCUGCUCACUCAUUUGCUUGGUUCUUUAGGCUGUGCUGUUUGUAUAUCCAAACUUAAUCUCAAAUGACCUCCUUCCUGCAAAGACUGAAUCACCUUCUUCCUUACCUGUCUAGAUUUAAAAAAAAUAUUCUCCCACAUGUUCAGGCAGUCUUAUUUCAUUAAGUAUUUCUUUGUUUUCAUUUGGAUUAGUUUUCAACUUUGAUAACACUGGAGCACAUGUGUCAAUGUCUGGAGAGAAAAAAAAGCACAAAGCUGAGCUGAUGGUUGGGCUAACAGUGCAUUUUUAAUCGUUGUGCUUAGAGGAAACAGGACAACUCUCUGAACCUCAUCAGACAACUAUCCUACAAUUCAACAUCAGUGGUCGACUAUAGUCUCUUCUGUACAUAUGAACAAUGGUGAAUUUAAAAUAAUACUUGAUUAUCCUAAGUGUUUGUUACCGAAGAACAAUCGAUCGAAAAUGAAUGUGAUGCGUGCUGUCUCAAAUUUCAGAGGAGGCUCCCCCACAGGUUCAAGCAUGUUAUAAUUCAGCACGCAUUCCAUGAAUAAAUGAAACUUCUUAUGGCUU